GCCGCAGUGCGGAGUUGGACUCUCCGGAGCUGGUUCUUUUUAGGCCAGUGGUGGGGUGCUUUGUGAUUUUUCUUUUCGUUUUUACGUAGGAAAGCAAAGUAAUGAGCCACGGUAGGUGACGGGCAUUAGUGAGACUCGGUGGUGUUAACAUGAGAUUUAAUUGCCUUGGGGUAGCCUGUGCACGACCAUCCUCAGACUCGGGAGCGUUCACCUUAGUUUACGUUCGUUUCACAGGAAUAAUGGUUAUGAAAGCUUCUGUAGACGAUGAUGAUUCGGGAUGGGAGCUCAGUGUCCCUGAGAAAAUGGGAAAAAGCAAUACAAGCUGGGUGGACAUAACCCAGGAUUUUGAAAACGCUUGUCGAGAAUUAAAGCUGGGAGAACUGCUUCAUGAUAAGCUAUUUGGUCUCUUUGAAGCCAUGUCUGCUAUUGAAAUGAUGGAUCCCAAGAUGGAUGCUGGCAUGAUUGGAAACCAAGUUAACCGAAAAGUUCUCAAUUUUGAACAAGCUAUUAAGGAUGGUACCAUUAAAAUUAAAGACCUCACCUUGCCUGAAUUGAUAGGGAUAAUGGAUACAUGUUUUUGCUGUUUGAUAACCUGGUUGGAAGGCCAUUCCUUGGCACAGACAGUAUUUACAUGCCUUUAUAUUCAUAAUCCAGACUUUAUAGAAGAUCCUGCUAUGAAAGCUUUUGCUCUAGGAAUCUUGAAAAUCUGUGACAUUGCAAGGGAAAAAGUAAACAAAGCUGCAGUUUUUGAAGAAGAAGAUUUUCAGUCAAUGACUUAUGGAUUUAAAAUGGCUAACAGUGUGACAGAUCUUCGAGUUACAGGCAUGCUAAAAGAUGUGGAGGAUGACAUGCAAAGAAGAGUAAAGAGUACUCGAAGUCGACAAGGAGAAGAAAGAGAUCCCGAAGUUGAACUAGAACACCAGCAAUGUUUAGCAGUAUUCAGCAGAGUGAAAUUUACUCGUGUGUUACUGACAGUGCUUAUAGCCUUUACCAAGAAAGAGACCAGCGCUGUUGCAGAAGCUCAAAAAUUGAUGAUUCAAGCAGCUGACCUUCUUUCUGCCAUUCAUAAUUCAUUGCACCAUGGCAUCCAGGCACAGAAUGAUACAACAAAAGGAGAUCAUCCAAUUAUGAUGGGUUUUGAGCCCCUUGUUAAUCAGAGGCUUCUUCCACCCACCUUUCCUCGAUAUGCAAAAAUAAUCAAAAGGGAAGAAAUGGUCAACUAUUUUGCAAGAUUAAUAGAUAGAAUAAAAACUGUCUGUGAGGUUGUGAAUUUAACAAAUUUACAUUGUAUCCUGGAUUUUUUCUGUGAAUUUAGUGAACAGUCACCGUGUGUUCUUUCAAGAUCACUGUUACAAACCACUUUCCUGGUGGAUAAUAAAAAGGUCUUUGGAACUCAUCUCAUGCAAGAUAUGGUCAAAGAUGCCCUCCGGUCCUUUGUCAGCCCUCCGGUGCUCUCCCCUAAGUGCUGCCUAUAUAAUAAUCACCAGGCUAAGGACUGUAUUGACUCCUUUGUUACUCACUGUGUUCGGCCGUUUUGUAGUCUUAUUCAGAUCCAUGGACAUAACAGAGCUCGGCAGAGAGAUAAGCUUGGACAUAUUCUGGAAGAGUUUGCUACCUUGCAGGAUGAGGCAGAGAAAGUGGAUGCAGCGCUUCACACUAUGCUGUUGAAACAAGAACCCCAAAGGCAACAUUUGGCCUGUUUAGGGACGUGGGUCCUUUAUCACAGCCUUCGAAUCAUGAUACAGUAUCUUCUAAGUGGCUUUGAAUUGGAACUCUACAGCAUGCAUGAGUAUUACUACAUAUACUGGUAUCUCUCUGAAUUCCUUUAUGCGUGGUUGAUGUCCACUUUGAGUCGUGCUGAUGGCUCGCAAAUGGCAGAGGAAAGGAUAAUGGAAGAGCAGCAGAAAGGCCGGAGCAGUAAAAAAACAAAGAAGAAAAAGAAAGUUCGCCCGUUGAGCCGGGAGAUCACAAUGAGCCAAGCAUAUCAGAACAUGUGUGCUGGAAUGUUCAAAACCAUGGUAGCGUUCGACAUGGAUGGCAAAGUACGCAAACCCAAAUUCGAGCUCGACAGUGAACAAGUCCGGUACGAGCACAGAUUUGCCCCCUUCAGCAGUGUGAUGACCCCGCCACCAGUGCACUACCUACAGUUCAAGGAAAUGUCUGACCUCAAUAAGUAUAGCCCACCUCCUCAGUCUCCAGAACUGUAUGUGGCAGCUAGUAAGCACUUUCAGCAGGCAAAAAUGAUAUUGGAAAAUAUCCCCAACCCAGACCAUGAGGUCAGUAGAAUUUUAAAGGUUGCCAAACCCAAUUUUGUGGUUAUGAAGUUAUUGGCAGGAGGACACAAAAAGGAGUCCAAGGUUCCUCCCGAAUUUGAUUUCUCUGUUCACAAAUAUUUUCCUGUUGUGAAACUUGUUUGAGAGACUGAAAACGUGACCACAGAGAGGUAGAACCUACUUUCAGAUUCCACUCUUAAGAGGAUAUAUCCAUUGGUCUCACCACAUAACAUGAAGUGAAGUGGGUUUCUUGGAUGACAACUCAUUAUAAAGAAUCCUUUUAGUUUGACAGCCUUACAUGACAUGAAUGAAAACUGCUGUUUUAAAGUGGUUUAUUAUGUUCCAUGAAUGAAAAUGGUCCUACUGAAUGCAUUGAUGAACGUUAUAUGGUUUUAUUACAGAUUUAAUCAUAAAUCAUUUUUUAUGAAUGAUUGAGUGAAAAUAGUAUUUGUAAAGGCUAAUAAAUUUCUUGACAAAAAAAACACACUACCGGAUGUGAAAGAUAGUACCACUUAAAAUGUGCUAAGAGCUGAAGGUGUUUGCUCCUUUACCGUUUUAGUAGUUCAUAAAUUAUCCAAAGGGUUUUUUAAAUCAUGGGAUUUAUUAAAUCUCAUUAAAUGAGAUUUUUUUUUUUUUUUUUUUUGGUGAAAUACAUUUAAAAGGAUUUUUUGAGAUCUCUGAGCUAUAAAGGAAGACUAACAGAAUUUUAAAAAUCCUUUGUUACUUUGGCACCUUUAAAAAUUGAACAUUAAGUUUGCAGGUGACAUUGAAGAGCUAGGAAAGGUCUAACUUAAAUGUGGUAUGUUCUUUUUUGUCUACUUCAUCUUCACUUUAACCCAUGCAACAUAUUCAGGUGAGGGUCUAUUUAAUAACCUCUGGCUUUGAAAUACUAGCUUCAAUCCACUUGACCCUGAUAGUGCGAGGUGCCAGAGGCCCCUACCCUGUCCUUUUUUUUUUCCUGUCCCUUCUCCUGGGGUUUGUCAUGAUGCUGUCCAGGUUUUUAGGGCUUUCUAUUUUGUCCUCUGUAUGGGACAAGUACUAUUUGAGGUACACUGGCUUAAGCUGGCUUUAUUAGUGAGGCCUGAGAUUAGUGACUUUUUUUUUAUGAUAAUGGUUCUGAGAUUUAAAUUUCUCAGUUCUGAUUUGCCACCUUUUCACUUUGUUAUUGAUGUGGAUCCAACCUGUAUAUGCUGAGCAAGGGUCCUACCACUGAGCUACAUCGCUAGCUCCUCGACAUAUUUCUUGAAAACACAGUACUGAAACGUUAAUACUUUGAAGCAGUUAACCUGACAGUGCCUGCCACAGUAAAAAACAAAAAGGCUCCUCUCUUCAGCUAAUGAAAUAGUCUAGGCUUCACUUCCAAGAGUGGUUAACUCUUGCCUUAAUCAGAAAUAGCCAACAGGCAGCCUGAAACUUUAGAACUCAGAAGUCUUAGAGAAGGAGCUUGAACUAGGAAGAAAUAAAGCAUGUGCGUGUUGAAAAGGAAAACAGCACUGUUUGUGGUUGGUGUUUUCUAAAUGCUUAAAACAAAAAAUGGCAAAGGAAUAAUAGGAAAUAAGCAAUAGAAGAAACAAAGAAUCAAAUGAAAAAGCAACAAGAAUAGUACAAAGAUCAUUGACAUUUAGCAUAUAACCAAGAAGAGCCUGAGGCAAGUUAGGAAACUCCAUCCCUGGGGCCAAGAUAGGAAAUAUAAAAUACCUGUCCUUUAAAGCAGAAAUCAAACAGCAAAACCACCUAUAUGUAUCAGUGCAGCUGUUCUGGCACUUUCUAACUGCAGUGUCUAAGUGGAUCAGCUACUGCAGAUGAAUGUUACUGAGUAGUGCUCUGGUAACUAAGAACAGCCAUAUUAGUUUUUGAAGUGGAUCUUAAAUCGCCCUACUGUUAACUCUUUAUCAAUUAAAAAGUAGAUUUAUUAGUAUAUGUUACUGAUAGAAUCAUGUGCUUUCUUCUAAGUAGCUUUUUAAGUUUUUAUUAGUGUAUGUUACUGAUAGAAUCGUGCUUUCUUCUAAGUAGCUUUUUAAGGGUUGUGUUUCUUACAGUAGGUUUGUAAUAAGAAAAUACAGUGAUCCAUACCUCAGUUGUUGAACGGCUCCAACCUUGAACUUUCCAUUACUCAAAACUGCAGAGUUUGAAAAAAUCUGCUCAGUGUUCAUUACUUUGCUUGAUAGUCAAACUAAAAACCCAAACUUGAGAAGAACCUACACAGGCUGAGUGAGUCAGGUGGAGUGUCUUGCUGCAGACACAAACUAGUGACGCUUCAGCCCAAGCAGCACUCUCACCCAGACAACACACAGUGCUUGUAUUACUCUGUUACAAGUCACUGUGCCUUUUUUUAAACUUUAUUUGCAUAAAUUAUGGUCAGUGUGGCUCCAAAGAAAGUUAGUGAUAUCAGCAGUAAAGCUAAGAGGAAAACUGUGAGAACUAUGAUGGAGUUAAGUCAUUGCAAAAUGUAUUAAAGUCCUAGAAAAAUUAAUUUAUAAGUGUAUUUGGGACCUCAACCAAUUAUUUGGUUUCCCAUUAUUAUGGGAAAAAUAUGUUCAGUUCUCAAACUUUUUGUUGUUUGAACAUGAAUUGAGAAUGUAUUGAGUUUGACAACAAGGGUGUUACUAUAAUUGCUCUUUAGAACAUUUAAAAACAUCUAUCACUUAAGGUACUAAACAAAAAAGAAAAGGAAGAUACUUUGGCCACAGAGCUUAUAAUCUUAUGAAGAAUGCAGACAAAGAAGUACAUAUUUAAAAUGCAACACAAUGUGUGCUGGUUGCUAUAGUCUAGGUCAGUCGUGGUGAACCUGUGGCACACGUGUUACUGUGUUUUAAGACAAAAGAUGUUAACGUAUGAGUUGUUUUUUCUAAACUAAAACCUCAGUAUUCAGGUUUAACUGCAGUGCUGGCACUUGGCAAUAAAUGAGUGUGUUGUCGGUUGCAGUUUGGGUGCUCAUCUCUAAAAGGGUCACCAUCACUGAUGCAGCUCUUGAAUGUCCCCAAAAGACCCAAGUGUUUACAGGCUUUGUCACCCGCUGGUGGUGCUGUGGGGAGGUAGUAGGGCCUAGUGAGAGGACGAUAGGUCACUGGGGGAUGUGCUGUUGGACUUGGGACCCUCACGUCUUUCCUGUCAUUUUGCUUUCUGCCUGCCGGAAAGUGAACAGGCCUCCUCCACCUCAUAGUCCUGCCAUGAUGUACUCUGCUGACACAAACCCAAAACAGCAGGGCCAACUAACCAUGUACCAUACUUGAAAUCCUGAGCCAAAAUUAACCUUUACUCCUUUUAAGUUGAUUAUCUGAAGUAAUUUACUAUAGUAACAGAAAGCUUCGUGUGGGUAUAGGAGAAUCACUUCAUAUUGAACUUCACAGAGAAAGUCACCAUCUUCCCUGAGUCCUGUGGGUUCAAGGGCUUUGGCAUAGGAUGUGCCCAGAUCUGGAGGCAGAAGCCAGGCUAAAGCACCUGGACCUUAGUCUCCUAUUGGUGGAUAUCACUGUAGGCUUUUACGCAGGGAAGUGAUGUGAUCAAAUCAUAUCUGCUUGCCUGAGAUUGGUUCAGAACAGGGAAAGAGCGGAGGCAGGGUUGCCAGUGAGAAUGUUCGUAGGGACAGUAGUGGAGAGGCUAGAGGAAGUGGAUGGAAUUAGAUGUUUCAGAAUUGACAAAUGAAUAGGUUAAGUUUGUUGUAUGAGAACCAGAUAACUCAAUUUUUUGUUUUUGUUUUGCUUUGUUUGGCUCUAGCAGCUAGAACAAUGAAGUGGUCUUAAACGUGGAAAUGAAAGCUUUGCUUGGGUGUUGCAGUUGAGUGGAAAUGAUGCCAAGGCCCUGACAGGUCCCAAGAAAUAUGCUUGGGAUGGCCCAGUUGUGAAAAGUGCGCCAGGGAGGGGGAGGCCAUUGAGGUGACAGAGAAGGCUAAAGUGCCACUGUUUCAGUUUCUCUGUCAGUUCACUGUUUUGUUUUCACAUGACAGUUUUCUGGCCAAGACGAUAUAAAUACUGAUCAAAGAGCACCCUCUCUGAUUUAGGGGAGAGGUCUUUGCUUUCCUUUCUCUCCUGACUGCUGCUGGUCACUGGAAAAGCCUUCAGGAGACUUACAGGAAAGUAAGCACAGUGCACAGACACAAAGGCCAGUAACAGAAAAGCCAAAAUGGGCCAGGUAGACUUGACAAGUGAAGGUUGUUGGUAACAAUAGAGAGUUGUGCCCCGCGCGCACACACACACCCGCCCCGCCCCGACUGAGCUAAAUCCCCAGCCCUCAGGGGCUGGAAAGUCAGAUGAAGCAGAGUGGAGUAAAGCAGUAGAGACAGUGAAUACAUUCAUACUUGAGUCUCAGAGGAGCUAGUACUGGUACGUUUAUGAGAGAUCACAGUGCAAACCUGAUCACUUUACAGUGUACACCUGGUCUACCAAGAGCGCAUGGCCCUCUGCCUUGAGCCUCUUGUGGCCACUUUCUUGGGAUCCUUCACGUGUCAGCUGAAGUGCCACAUCCCAGGGAAGACUCUUUCUUCUGUUGGUUAGACAACCAUUUUAUCUUCCAAACCGCAGUAUGAAUUUGAGAAGAGGGACCUCAUCUUGCUAGAACUUGACGCAGUGUGAGUUGACUAAGUAAUACCUGCCCACUCAGGGUCAUGGAUGUUCGUAAAGAAGUAAAAACCUAUCUUGAUGGCAGUGAGCCAUGCUAGCUGGGAAUUUUAAUAGAGAAGUUAAAACAAAGUCCUUAGGAGCUUGGGACCUAGGGAGAGAUUCCUACCCCAUAGUAAGAACAAGAUAUCUGGAGGCCUGGCAAAGUAGAAUCUGAUGAAAAAUGGUCAGUUUGUCCAUUAUUUGCAUUAGGUGUUGUCUACACUCAAGUUGUUGUAUCAGAGGCAAGCGAGAACUGGUUCUAACAAGAACUAAUGUGCUCAUUUACAAUGUAGGGGUUUUUCUGUAGUCCACUGUGCUGUCUUCCACUUAAAAAGAGUCAGGUUUUGGUGGAUGAUGUAAUUCUCUGAACUAGAAGCAGUACUUGUGCUUCCUUUUAGUUUAUAUUUUAAGAAAGUGGUGCUUUCAUUUGAUCACCAACAUGUCUCCUGUUGACUUCUGGGAUAACUUAAAUGAGCCCCUCUCAAAUAAUCAGAGCAAGGAGAAGGUUCUUUACAGGAGAAAGUGUAGCUGUGGACUGGGUUGUGUUCACAGGAUUGAUCUUAAGUGUGAAGCAGCAGUUCUGGUGAGUCGUGAUGCUCAGGUAAAUGUUUUCCGGCUGGGAAGGCAGCUCAUGAGUAAGGUGUUUACCUAGCAUGUGCAAAGCCUUGAGUUGGAUGCACCCCUCCACUGGCAGUGAAUGUUUUCCUUUUGAAAGAGGCAGAUGUGGUCGCCACCCUGGAGAUCCCAGUAUUGUCAUCUGGCCACAUCUUUGAAAGGCAGAUUAGUAACACUCAAGCUUAUACCAGAACUCUUCCUCCACACCCCAGUAUACCUAAAGGCUAAGUUGAAAGCAGCAUAGCUAAUUUUUACUUAUAGUGAUAUCCUAUCGUAUCCCAGGAAAGAUUUAAGGCAAACCACAAUUUCCACAGUGUGACAGGUGACUCUUUAGGGAUCUAAUGGUGUGAAGGGAAAACAGCUAAAAACAAUGAAAGUUUUAAAAGUUGAACAAAUGGCGUACUUUAUUUCUCAGCAGCUUUACACACAUUAAACAUGAGGUGAAUACUUUACUGAGAAAGCAAGAGAAUUCAUGUCAGCACUAAGACCAGGACACAAAAGGAGAGUAGAGAACAACUUAAGAGAAAGUCUAUAAAGGUACUUCCAUACUUUCUUUAGUUGCCUUUUCAGUGGACAAGCUGAAUCUUAGACGCACAUGAACAUGCACGUUGGAGACUGUCACGUGAAUGAACACACGGGCCUGCCUUUGUGGACCGCAGGCCAGAGACUGCACCCUCUGGGGAGGCCAGCCCUGCAGCCAGACGCUCUGGGACCUUCGGGCCCACUCUCCUCCAGAAGUGAGGUGGUUACCAAAUGGUCCCGAAGAUCAAGCCAUCAGCGUGACUCACAAGUGGGAAGAGUCUAUUUAGCAUCAGUGUGGAGAAUCAGGUCAGACCUCGCUUUCAUUAUUGCCAAACUGUGAUGAAGCAGUCAUUGUCAAAAUUAACAUCAGCCUUGGGUUUUUAAAUCAGUUUUAUGAGUUAUUUACCAGAUCUAA